GAAUUCUGGAGUGGUGUGGGAACGUGUUUUUCGCUAAUAUUUAAAUAAGUUUUUAGCAAACGAAGGAAACUCUGGUUUUAUUAUUAUUUUUGUAAAACUCUUAGACAUGCCACCGAAGAAGCCAGCGGCUGGUGCCUCGAAGAAGGCGGAAGCAAAAAAGAAAGAAAAAAUCAUUGAGGAUAAAACGUUCGGCUUGAAAAAUAAGAAAGGGGCUAAACAACAAAAAUUUAUUUCCCAAGUUGAGAAGCAGGUCAAGAGUGGUGGUCAGCAUAAUUUGAACCUAAAUCCGAAUGCAAAGAAGGAAGAAAAGGAAAAGAAGCUGAAGGAGCAGAAAGAGCUGGCCGCACUUUUCAAGCCAGUUCCGACGCAAAAAGUUGAGAAGGGUGUUGAUCCUAAAUCGAUUUUGUGUGCAUUCUUUAAGCAAGGCACUUGUACCAAGGGUGAUAAAUGUAAGUUUUCUCAUGAUUUGUCAAUUGAACGGAAAGCCGAAAAGAGAUCCAUUCAUGUGGAUAUGCGAGAUUCCGAACAAAAUGAUACGAUUGAGAACUGGACUGAGGAAAAGCUGGCAGAAGUUGUGGCAAAAAAGCACGGAAAGGACAAAAACAUGCCAACUACUACUAUUAUAUGCAAAUAUUUCCUUGAUGCAGUUGAGCGGUCCCUCUACGGUUGGUUUUGGGAAUGUCCUAACGGGGAGAAGUGCAUUUAUCGACAUGCCCUUCCCCCGGGAUAUGUACUGAAAAAGGACAAAAAGAAAAUGGAAUCAGCUAAGGAGGAGAUUUCUCUGGUGGACUUGAUUGAAACGGAACGCGCUGCUCUGGGAUCGAAUCAGACUCGGGUGACGUUGGAGACGUUCUUGGCAUGGAAGAAACGUAAACUUCAGGAGAAAAAGCAACGUGAACUGGACGAAGAGGAACGUAAACGUAAGGACUUCAAGGCCGGCCGCCAGAACGGACUCUCGGGCAGAGAAAUGUUCAGUUUCAAUCCUGAUCUGGUUGACUUCGGUAUGGAUGAGGGUGAAGACGCAAUCGAUAAUUACGGCAGAAACGAGGAUGAAGAUGACACGGUUGAGUAUAAGGAGCUGGAUUUGAAUAUGCUUUCGCUGUCGAUAAAAGAGGUUGAUAAUACUGGAACUGUUGCGGACACGGAUCGCUGGGAAAAGAUGAAAGCUAGUCGUCAAACGGUGACAACCAAUGGAGCUGCAGCGGACGAUGAGGGCGUUGUGGAAGCAUCUGCUGCUGGCGCUGCGGCAGAUGCGGCUCCGAUAAACGAAAAUCUGUUCCUGGAUGAAGACCUCGAAGGAAUUGAUGAUGAGCUGAGCGACGACGAUGAUGAUGAGGACGACGGCGAUGACGAUGACGGAAAGGAAGCCGAGAGAAGUGAAAAAUCGUGAUACGAAAUCAAGCUAUCUGGCGACUAUAUUCUUUAGGAGCACAAUCAGCCGGAAAUGACCGAUUCGGUUGUACCAAGCUAGCUGUUGUAAUGUGAGCUUUGAAAGUCCGAAUACAUCAUUAAAUAUUCAAUCGUUAA